AUGAAGUUCACCACUAUCGCACUCGCCGGCCUGGCUACCGUCGCCAUGGCCUCCCCUGCCGCUGAGGCCAACCCCGAGCCCGUCGCCGCACCUCAACCUGAGGCUGCUGCCGACCCUGCCUUCUCCUCUUGGGGCAAGAAGUACCACCCCAAGAUCUGGAACGGAUGGGGUGAUGCUCCUGGACAGGUCUACCGCCGUGAGGCCGACCCCGCUUUCAGCUCCUGGGGCAAGAAGUACCACCCCAAGAUCUGGAACGGAUGGGGUGACGCUCCCGGCCAAGUCUACCGCCGUGAGGCUGAUCCUGCCUUCUCUUCAUGGGGCAAGAAGUACCACCCUCACAUCUGGAACGGCUGGGGUGACGCCCCCGGACAGGUCUACCGCCGUGAGGCCGACCCUGCUUUCUCAUCUUGGGGAAAGAAGUACCACCCUAAAAUCUGGAACGGAUGGGGUGAUGCUCCUGGCCAGGUCUACCGUCGUGAUGCCGCUGCUACUAGCACCGCAUCUGCUUCCACCACUGGUGCUGCUCAGCCCGCCGAGACUGGCAGCUCUGAGGAGGAAGAGGAGAUGGAGUACUACGCCAGCUUGCAGCGCCGUGACCCUGCAUUCAGCUCUUGGGGCAAGAAGUACCACCCUAAGAUCUGGAACGGAUGGGGUGACGCUCCUGGUCAAGUCUACUAG